AUGGAUAUUUUCUUUUUCUCUUUUCUUUGUCUAACUUUUUCAUUCUUUCUCUCUCUUUUCCUUCAUUUCUUUUCUCUCACUCUCUCUCCCUCUUCUUCAUCUCUACUCUCCCUCUUCUUCAUCUCUACUCUCUUUCCUUCAUCUCUACUCUCUUUUCUUCAUCUCUUCUCUCUUUUCUUUCAUCUCUUCUCUCUCUUUUCUUUCAUCUCUUCUCUCUCUUUUCUUCAUCUCUUCUCUCUCUUUUCUUUCAUCUCUUCUCUCUCUUUUCUUUCAUCUCUUCUCUCUCUCUCUCUCUCCUUUCAUCUCUUCUCUCUCUCUCUCCCUUUCAUCUCUUCUCUCUCUCUCUCUCCUUUCAUCUCUUCUCUCUCUCUCUUUCCUUUCAUCUCUUCUCUCUCUCUCUUUUUUUUUCUCUUCUCUCUCUCUUUUCCUUUCAUCUCUUCUUUCUCUCUUUCCUUUUCAUCUCUUCUCUCUUUUUUUUCUUUCUCUUCUCUUCUCUUCAUCCCUCUUCUCUCUUUCUUCUUUCUCUUCUCUCUUCAAUCUCUCUUCUCUCUUUUUCUUUUUUUUUUUUUCAAAAAUUCUCUCUCUUUUCUUUCCUAUUCUUUCUCUCUUUCUUUCCUUUCAUCUCUUCUCUCUUUUCUUUCUCUCUUUUCUCUCUCUUUUCAUCUCCUUUCAUCUCUUUCUUUCCUUUCAUCUCUUCUCUCUCUCUUUUUCCUUCAUCUCUUCUCUCUCUCUUUUUUUUCUCUCUUUUUUAAUCUCUUUUCUUCUCUUCUCUUCAAAAUAAUUUUGGCUAUUAUUCUCCAAAUACUUUUCUUUUACUCCCUUGUUUUCACUCCUUUUCCGUUUUUCUUUCUCUCCUUAUGUUUAAUUCUCUUCUUUUUUUCUUCCACUUCCACAUCUAUUCAUUACCCCACCACCACCAACAAAUUUUCAUCACCCCUUUUCAACUUCUUGAAUAAGGCAUCUUUUUGUGAGCACACAAGCUCAUUUAUAUUUGAAUUGUUGUUUUUUCUGUAUUUUCUGUUUUCCCCCCUUUUUUCUGUCCCCCUUUCCUGUUCCCACCUUUUUCUCCCCCUUCUGUUCCCCCCUUUUUUGAAAUUCCCCCCCUUUUUCUGUUUCUCCCCCUUUUUUCUGUUUUUUCUCCUUUUUUUCUGUUUUUUUUUCUGUUUUUUUUUCUCUCCUUUUUUCUGUUUUUUCCCCUUUUUUCUGUUUUUCCCUUUUUUGCCCCCUCUGUCACCUCUUUUUCUGUUUCCUUUUGUUCUGUUUUUUUCCUGUUUUUUUUUGUUUUUUCUUUUUUUUUUUUUUUUUUUUUCUUUUUUUCCCUUUUUCUUUUUUUUUUCUUUUUUUUUUUUUUUUUUUUUCCCCUUUUUCCCUUUUCUUUUUUUUUCCCUUUUUUCUGUUCCCCCCCCUUUUUCCCCAUUUUUCUCUUUUUUUCCCCAUUUUUCUCUCCCAUCCUGUUCUCUCAACACCCGUUUUUCUUACAACACCCGUUUUCUUACCCCUCCCCGUUUUUUUUCUGUUUUUUUUGUUUUUUUUUUUAACCUUUGUUUCCUGUAG